CUUCAAAUUCUUGUGACCCUAACAAACUCAUGAUACAAGUACAUCUAAAAGAAAAAGUCACAAGGAGUUUGCAAUACUUUCGGGCCUCCCAUCUCCACCAAAGUAGCUAACUCCUAACCAAAACCCAUUCCAAACAAAACAAGACUAGUUACCCAACACGUGUUUAGCUUUGAUACUUCCCCCUUUUAUCGACACAAAAGUGGAAACUAUCUUCUCCAUGCAAACUUAUAACACCAUAUACAAGAUCAGGCGUUACCAUCUUUAAUUUCCUUAAAAAAAUAUUCCUAUACUUGAGAUCUUGUACUUUGAGAUAUUAAAAAUGAGCCAGGAACAACCAAGAAGGGAAGAAGCUGAGGAAGAGCAUGCGUCCGUUAAACAAGAGGAUGUAGUUGAUGUUCAAGGUUCACUUGCUCGCAAGAGAGCUGUUGCUGAGUCUAUUGGUGGACAGGUACUUGGAAAAGACAGAAAACAACCGAGUUCAGAAUCAGUCUCAGCAAGAGCAAACAUUACCAUUGGUGAAGCCCUUGAAGCCACUGUUGUCACAGCUGGAAACAGGCCGGUUGAUUACAGCGACGCAGCGGCAAUACAGGCAGCAGAAGUGAGAGCCACCGGACGUACCAACAUCAUCCCUGGUGGAGUUGCUGCUGCUGCUCAGUCAGCUGCUACUCGCAAUGCUAGACUUACCAAAGAGGAAGAAAAAACUAAACUGGCUGAAAUCCUCGCGGAUGCAAGUUCAAAGUUACCAUCAGAUAAGCCAGUGACACGCAAAGAUGCAGAGGGAGUGAUCGGUGCGGAACUGAGGAAUGAUCCAAACUUGUGCACCCGUCCUGGUGGUGUAGCUGCUUCUAUUGCUGCUGCUGCAAGGCUCAACCAAAGUAACAGUACUACUAAUACCACUAGUGGCACCAAGAAUAAUGAUAAAAACAGCACCAAUCUCAUGAAACAAAAACAAAACUAGGAUAAGAGUAAACUUCUGUUAUAUCUAAUCCUUCAAGCCUGUCCUGUCUCUCAAUCCGUCUUUAAUUAAACCGUUCUGUUCUUGUUUUCUUUUGAUGUUUUGAAGACAUAUCACAUUUUUUCUCCUGCCC